GCGACCCGGCCCUUCGCUCGGGUUACGAUCUGAUUGUCUUCCACCAAAAAUCGAGAGAAAUCAGAGGAGAAGACGAAAUCCAGUAGCAUGCGGCUGUAUCCUCUCCAGUAAUUAAAGGUGAGGAACAAUAAUGACGACUAAGGAGGUCGGCGGGGAACAGGGAGGGGAUAAUAGUCCACGGCCGCGGCCGGACGAGCCUCGCCAUCAUCAACCGCCGCCGAGAGCGGAGGACGGCAUGAGACUUUGGGGCGUUCUUGUUUUCGGAUUGAUCGGAGCUACCGCCACCACUUUCGCCGUCACUCAAUUGCGCUGGACUAUAAAUUGGGUGUAUUCUCAGUUGAGCAGGUCACAGUCAGCAUGGAAAGGUACAGCAGGACGUUCUUCCUGGAGAAGCUCUAAGGAGGAAGCCUGGAAGAGAUACCACAAGAGGAUGCAAGAAGAGCAUGAAGAAGAAAUGGAGAGAGUGGAGCGUAUACGCCGCAUGCAAAGUGUUUUCAACAGAAAGAGAGAUGCAUACAGAAAAAGCUACGAGGGAUGGGGGGCAGAGAACGGGGGUGCAUAUCAUCAACAUUUCCAGAAGAACGAUUGGUAUUGGAAAGCCGAUUCUUCACAUAGAGAGCAAGAAUCUAAUUUCAGAGAGCCUUUUAAGGCUAGUACAAAUCAUUUAUUGUCCCAUCACUAUUCUGUGUUGGGUCUUGAGAGGACAAGGACAGAGCCUUAUACAGAUGAGGAAAUAAAGAUGGCCUUUAGGACGAAGGCAAAGAAGUUCCAUCCUGACCAGAAUCAAGAUAACAAAGAGUUUGCCGAAGCAAAGUUUAAAGAAGUUUUGAAGUCAUAUGAGGCAAUAAAGUUGGAAAGGAAGAGCCGUAUGCACUGAUACAACACGAUUCUUACUCUGCUUUGGUUUCCCAAUGCCUGCACUCAUCUAAGGAUGGUGGCUACAAAAGUUUUUGCCAGCCAAAGUUUAUGGGGUGGUCCUUCAAGUGGUACUUUCAUGUGUCUAUCAAAUAAUAUUUGAGUGUAUACUAGAUUUUUACCCCGUGCUUUUCGCGGGACCAUGUAAUCUUGCACCAAAUGUUACAUUGCUUAUGGAGUAAUCAACUGGAAAUACUAUGACAUUAUCAUAGUAUAUAUCAUGUACUCCGUAAUAUUUCAUCGAAGAUGAAGCUAUAUGGACUCUUGCUCU